UCACAUUGAAGAGAGAGAAAGAAAGAAAGAAAAGAGAUGUGGAGGUUGAAGUUGUCCGAAGGAGAAGAAGAGAGCGUGAAUCAACAUGUUGGAAGACAGUUUUGGGAGUAUGAUGACCAAUGUGGAACUUUUGAAGAGAUACAUCACAUCUCCCAUCUUCGUUCCAACUUUAAUCUCAAUCGGUUUCAUUCUAAGCAUAGUUCUGAUCUUCUCUACCGUUUUCAGUGUUCGAAAGAGAAAGUAAGAGGAAAGGAGAGGCUUCCACAAGUGAAAGUGAAAGACAGAGAAGGAGAGAUAUAUGAAGAAGUGGUGAAUGAGACACUAAAGAGAAGUUUGAGAUUCUACUCAACACUUCAAUCAAAAGAUGGCUUUUGGCCUGGUGACUAUGGUGGCCCUUUGUUUCUCUUGCCUGCUCUGGUGAUCGGCUUAUAUGUGACAGAAGUUUUAGACGAAACUUUAACUACUCAACAUCAAAUCGAGAUUCGCCGUUAUCUCUACAACCAUCAGAAUAAGGAUGGAGGAUGGGGACUACAUAUAGAAGGGAGCAGCACCAUGUUCUGUACAACUCUCUCUUAUGUAGCACUAAGACUGAUGGGAGAAGAAACGGAUGGUGGAGAUGGAGCCAUGGAAACAGCUAGACAUUGGAUUCACCAUCAUGGUGGUGCCACCUUUACUCCCUCUUGGGGCAAGUUCUGGCUCUCAGUUCUUGGAGUUUAUGAAUGGAAUGGGAACAAUCCUUUACCUCCGGAGUUAUGGCUCCUUCCUUACGCUCUUCCCUUUCAUCCAGGGCGAAUGUGGUGCCAUUGCAGGAUGGUUUAUCUUCCAAUGUCAUAUCUAUAUGGAAGAAGAUUUGUUUGUCAUAUCAAUGGAACUAUUGUGUCUAUUCGAAGAGAGCUCUAUACUGUUCCUUAUCAUCAUAUCGAUUGGGAUACAGCCCGUAAUCAAUGCGCCAAGGAGGACUUGUACUAUCCACAUCCAAAGAUUCAAGAUAUUAUGUGGACUUGUUUAAAGAAAGUUGGAGAGCCUCUUCUGGAGGGAUGGCCAUUGUCUAAGCUCAGAAACUGGGCUCUCAAAAGAGUGAUGCAACACAUUCACUAUGAAGACGAAACCAGUCACUAUAUUUGUAUUGGUCCAGUCAACAAGAUAAGAAGAAACACGUGUGGAGAUCCGGGAUUGUGGUACCGACACCCGUCCAAGGGAGGAUGGGGUUUCUCCACUGCAGACAAUCCAUGGCCUGUCUCUGACUGUACUGCUGAAGCCUUGAAGGCGGCGUUGCUGCUAUCUCAAAUGCCAGUUAAUAUCGUUGGAGAAGCCAUGCUUGAGGAGAAUUUAUUUGAUGCUGUUAAUAAUAUCUUAUCAUUACAGAACACCAACGGCGGAUUUGCGUCAUACGAGCUUACGAGAUCAUAUCCAUGGCUAGAGACGAUCAAUCCAUCAGAGACUUUUGGGGAUAUCAUCAUAGAUUAUCAGUACGUAGAAUGCACAUCAGCUGCAAUCCAAGGCCUCAUGUUAUUCACAAAGAUCAAUCCAAGUUACAAGAGAGAGGAGAUACUAAGAUGCAUCAACAAAGCAGUUGAGUUUAUUGAGAAAACACAACUUCCUGAUGGUUCAUGGUACGGCUCCUGGGGAGUUUGCUUCACUUACGCAACAUGGUUUGGGAUUAAAGGGAUGUUGGCUGCUGGCAAAACAUAUGAGACCAAUCUUUGUAUUAGAAAAGCUUGUGAUUUCUUUCUAUCCAAACAACUUUCUUGUGGUGGGUGGGGAGAGAGCUACCUCUCAUGCCAAAACAAAGUUUACACAAAUCUUCCCGAGAAUAGAUCACAUAUUGUGAACACAUCAUGGGCACUUCUAGCUCUCAUUGAAGCAGGACAGGCUAGUAGAGAUCCGAUACCAUUGCAUCGUGGGGCAACAUUGCUGAUCAACUCGCAGAUGGAAGAUGGAGAUUACCCACAACAGGAGAUACUGGGAGUCUUUAAUAGGAACUGUAUGAUCAGUUACUCAGCUUACAGAAACAUUUUCCCCAUUUGGGCUCUAGGAAAAUAUCACAGUCUCAUAUUGUCUUCGUCUGUAUGAUUAGUUACACAACUUUGUCUAUGUUGGCACAAAGACCAUGUAAAAAUAUAGGCAUGUCUUAGGUUUCUCAAACCUUCACCAGUCCUACGAGUCUGAGCUGCUUCGGCUAUCUCCAAUAUGUAUUUUACUUUAUAACUUCUCUAUCUAGUAAGGAAUAAAUUUGAUACUCUAGGAAUGAUAUUUGUAUAUUUUACAUUCUUUAGAUUUCCUUUUGAUAUGAUUGUAUCUUGCAUAAAUAGAGACCUUUAG